UUAUGUCGUAUUUAUGGGCUGUCAAUAGUUUGGGAAAAGUAUAUAUACUUUCAACUGCUGAACAACGGUGGACAGAGCUUGAAACAAAUGGGAUAGAUUUUAAGCGUGUUUCGUCUAAUGACUUUUUUACAUGGGCUAUUGGAGGUGACCAUCAGAUUUAUAUUUAUGUACCUACGAGAGACAUUCCCAUUCGAUACAGGGUUGUGACCUAUGAAAAUGAGAGAUGGAAUCCUAUUCAUGGUUUCUCAGACUCCUUAUUACCGACUGAUCGCCCACAUUGGAGUAGUGCUGAUGGAUUGAUAUCCCUCCCAAAAAAUAAUUUCAGUUUGCCGUCUAAAGGAUGGGAAUGGGAAGAAGAGUGGUAUAUAGAAGAUAAUUUGAAAGGACAACCGUUGGAACCUGAGGGUUGGACUUAUGCAGUUGAUUUUCCUGCUAAAUAUGGACCAAACAAAAUUUGGAACUCUUGUGUUAGACGACGAAAAUGGGUUAGAUAUCGAAGGUUUUGUGCAACAAAUAAAUGGUCUAUGAUUCCCAGCAUACAUGAAGAUCCUGUGCUGGAACCAUUCAUUGAUGUUGCUAUUGGUGGCACUGAGAUUCCUGGAGGGGAAGCUGAAAAUUUUAGUGUCUGGGCAGUCACCAUAAUGGGCAGAAUAGCAUUUCGAUAUGGGGUGACACAAAAUUCCCCUGAAGGAUCUGGCUGGGUUCCAAUUAAUACCCCUGAAAAGUGUGAAAUUAGUCAGGUGUCUGUUGGUCCCACCGGUUUAAUUUGGACUACAACUUGGGAUGGAAGUGCUUUAGUUCGUGCAGGAGUUACAAGAGAGAAUAUUAUGGGCAGUGAUUGGAUUGUAGUGGAGCCUCCUAGUGCUGAAGAGGGGCUUAUUCAAGUUUCCGUAGGAAAAAUGGCAGUGUGGGCUAUAAGUAAAUCAAACAAGGUGUGGUUUCGCAAAGGUGUUGACGGUUUACAUUCAGGUGAAAAUGUGAAAGAUGCCACUGGUAGUGGAUGGAUUGAAAUGUUUGGAAACUUAGGAAACAUUAGCGUUGCCCUAAAUGAUCAAGUUUUUAGUAUUAGCAUGGAUUAUCAGAAUAUUAAUAUUAGAACUGGCAUUGAUACAUAUGAAACAUGUGGCCGGACUUGGAAGACUAUCACAGCACCACUGAAUUUAUUGCACCACGGUUCAAGUUUAUCCAGCUUGAACUCAAUGUCGACUACUUCCCAGCAAGACUACUCCUCUACGGCAGACUCAGUUUCUCUGGAUGGCCGAACACAAAGCUUCCGUAAGAAAAGCGAUGAAGUGGUCCCAGCUUUCAUCUCAAAUCAAAGUGAUCAAAAUGUACCGAUUUCCUGUGACAACAUUGCAGUUGAAUGUGACAAAAAUGAGUGUGGUAACCUUGAAGGAAUCAACUUGGCAAUAAGUGAAAAUUCAGUGGACAGUGAUAGAAGAUUUUCUCAUUCUGAACUCGAUAGCUCAUUCAUGAGUUUGGACAUACCAAGCCUUGCAUGGCAACCACAGAUGGAACCCAUAGUGACUCAAACUGCUACUGAAGUGCAAUGGACGUGGGUUAGUGCCAGUGGAUGCUCUGUGGAUUCUGGUUGCUUACCUAAUUGGUUUUCUGAAGGUGAUUCAACCAAUAAAAGUGCUGUUGAUGAACCUUGGUAUGAAGAAGUAGUUUCAAAACUCAAAGCAAGGUAUAAUAAAGAAAUGGAACGUUAUUCUGAGUGGCCAAAAGCAAUUGAGAAAACAUUUUGGAUAAAGACAGCAACUUGUCGCUGGUUUAAGAGCAGCUGGAUGAAAUGUCUCAUUGAAUUACUUCAGUAUGAUAAUGGUAGUAGAAAAAGUACUUUGUCUAUACACUACUUAAAAGAAAUGGUUGUGAUUCAAGUCAGCAAUAUUACUUGUGUUGCAUCGCUCCCUGACUGGAACAAAAACAUUUUGGCUGUUCAUACAGCAAGCAGAACAUCCAAAGGAACUCCAUAUAAAUUUUCUUUUUCAUCACAUGAUGACUUGGAAGAUUGGUUUGCUACUUUAAAUAUGUCAAUCCGAAACGUGAAUCAAAUAUCUCGAGUACCUGUAAACAGAUCUAUAUGGUCAACAACAGUUAAUGGUGAUGUCUAUGUUCAUACAGCAUCAUCUGCCACAGAAGUUGAACCACCUGUAAAUAUGAAAUGGACUUUGCUGGGCGGUGGUCAUUUAAGGACUGUCGAAACGUGCCCUCGUGGAAUUACAUGGGGCUUGGGUUACAAUUGUACAGCAUAUGUAUACACAAAAGGAUAUGGUGGAGGACCAUAUCAUGGUAUACCAGGUUGCAAUUCUGCUAUUGGACCUAUGUCAGAUGUAAGAUGUUUAUAUAUCUAUGAAAACCAAAGAUGGAAUCCAUUAUCUGGAUUUACAGCAAAAGGUUUACCCACAGAUCGUUACAUGUGGAGUGAUGUCACUGGAAGAGUUGAAUGCACCAAAGAAAAUACCCAUCUUCCUUCUGGACAUUGGCAAUGGAUUUCUGAUUGGUGUAUUGAUUACAAAGCACCUGGUGGAGUUGAUAGUGAAGGCUGGCAAUAUGCAACUGAUUUUCCUAGAUCUUAUCAUGGAUACAAGCGCUUUACAGAUUAUGUAAGAAGGCGCCGUUGGUACAGGAAGUGCAGAUUAUCAACAAGUGGUCCUUGGGCAAAAUUAGGAAAUACUCCUCUUAUAGAUAUGUCUUUGCAAAUGGACUCUGGUUCAAAUGAAUAUGUGGCUGUCUGGGCAGUUGCUGUAAAUGGUGAUGUUCUUUUUAGAAAAGGUGUUUCAGAAGAAUAUCCAAAAAUCAGCAACACUUAUUUAGAUGAGAUAGCCGCCGACGACAGACUUCAUCCGAAGGUUUGCGCACUGGGACAAAUUCUAUGA